AUGGGUCAACUGUGUGCAAAGUGUGCCCAGCUGCUGUAUGACCUUGUUCUCUCAGUGAGGACAUUCUCCUCCAGUUUGGUGCAGGACGUUAAGGAGUGUUUGGCUCAGAUCUGUGACUGCCCCUGCCUAAAACGAACGAAGUUUGAGAGCGAGCAACUCUACAAGCCUACUUAUCAGCGUCAUGAAGAGUUGAUUGCCCAGGAGUUUCUGCAGCACAUUGAAAGAGGUUUUGAAAUAUUACCACUUGGAGAGGCCUCCCUGUCUGCUCUGAAGACACUGGCAUUUUCUGAGAACCCUGAUUUGCAAAAGUCUGCUUCUCUGUUUUACUUACAUAUAAGUCAACACUUGAACAACCAGCUACCUACAGAGCAUUUGGAAACAUAUUAUGCCCUGCUGAAGUCUAAUGAUUUAGAGGUUCAGCGGAUUUCGUCAUUGUCACUUGUCACUUUCUUACUCAAAGGAAAUGUACCCAAAGAACACGUGGUCCAAGUGGAUUUAUUGGAGCCGAUCCUCGAGCUGCUUGAGUCCAGUGACGCCGCUGUCCAGCGCAAUUCCUGCGCCUGCAUAAUGAUACUCGCUGCCUCAGAUACCAACCGAGAGGCAAUUGCUUCUGCAGGAGGAGUCGUACCCUUACUUACUCUUUCUAAAUCUUAUGAUCCUAGAGUCCAACAAUAUGCAGUUGGAGCUGUUUUCAACCUCACACAAUCAGAAUGGGUCCAGGAGAUUUUGUGUCGACAAGGUGCUCUCCCCGUUCUCACCGUUUUGUUAGAGUCUCCUGAUUCAGAAGUCCAGUACUACAGCUGUGCCGCUCUAAGCAACAUGGCAACAAACUCUCAGCACCACGAAGUUAUGCUGCAAAUUGGGGACCGGUUUCUUCUGCGGAUGCUCCUUGCUCUCCUCUCUUCUUCUGUGGACAAGGUUUCAAACCAGGCUUGUGUUUGUCUCAGGAAUUUAGUCACAAAUGAGAGUGUUCAGACCAGGCUUAUUGCGAUGGGCCUCCUGCCCCACCUGCUCCCACUCCUGGAUUCGAACAAUACCGAGGUUCAACAGAAUUCCAUUGUUUUCCUCCGGAUGCUGUCCCAACACCCAGCCAACCAGGAUGUACUAGUGUGUCAUCAAGUGCUUCAGAGUGUGGGAAAGCUGCUGAUUAUCAGGAAAACCGACCCCGUGAUUAUCGGCCAUGCUGCCUGCUUCAUCAAAAAUCUAAGCUCUUCCAAAAGCAUAGAGGGAGUCAUUGAAAGUUCAUGUGUUGAAGGACUUCUUCAGGCUAUCCAUGGUGUUGAGUAUCUGGAUGAGGAAGCUCUUCACUGUGUGACAUCCUGUCUUGGUGAGCUGGUAAAACAUGAAGGAGGUUCGGUGCGCAUCCUGGAAUUGAUGGAUGACCUGCUGUUGAGUCGCCUCCUGAGACUGGCGGGCCAAGUGGAACAAAUGGAGCCGUCCUUCCAAGCGGCUGUCAUGAUCAAGCACCUAAUACAGCAGGGGGAGGUGAUGCAGCUGCUGAAAUCCCAUGUUAGCAAGAUUCAGCAAUACCUCGUGAAGUAUCUUACCCACCAAGAGACUCGCUUUCAGCAGCUGGGUAUAUCCACACUUUGUCUGUUACAGAAAGAUUCGGAGUUUUCAUCAGCAUUCAGCCAGAGCCAGCUGAAGGAACACCUUGAACAAAUCUGCCAACAAACUGAAGAAAUGCAAGAGCUUCUCAGGAUGGCUGUAGGCAACAUUUUUGUGGGUGUGCCGUCAAGUCACAGAUGA